AUGCAAAUCACUGGAAACGCUUUUAUUGUCACUGGCGGCGCAAGUGGCCUCGGUGAAGCAACCGUCAAAGAGAUCGUCAAGCGUGGAGGUAACGUUGCGAUCUUUGACUUGAACGGUGAAGGAGCUGCUGAGCUCGCCAAAUCCUUGGGAUCCAACGUGUUGGCUGUUGGCAAAGUGGAUAUCACUUCAGAGGAAGAUGUUCGGUUAGCAAUCGAAAAGACCGUGGCUCGCUUUGGUAACAUUGCAGGCGUCGUCAACUGUGGUGGUGUAGCAGGUGCUGCCAAGAUUGCUCGUCGUGGUAGCUCUGCACACACAAUGUCGAUGGAUCUCUUUGACUUUAUUGUUCGUGUCAACUUGCUUGGUACCUUUAAUGUGUGUCGUCAAGUCGCUCAAACCAUGGCCAACCAAGAAAAGACCUAUACUGAUGAAGAUGGUGAGCGUGGUGUCAUUAUCAACACUGCAUCAGUUGCUUUCCAAGACGGUCAAGCUGGCCAAACCGCCUAUAGCGCUAGCAAAGGAGGCGUUGCUUCCAUGACCCUUCCUAUGGCUCGUGAUCUUGCUCCUGCUGGUAUCCGUGUUAUGUCCAUUGCACCAGGUCUCUUUGAAACCAACAUGACCGCAAACACUCCCCCCAAGGCCAAAGCCAAGAUCCUCAAGGAUGCCAUUUUCCCUGACCGUAUGGGCCAUGCUUCUGAAUACGCUAUGCUUGCUUGCCAUUUGAUUGAGAAUACAAUGAUGAAUGGUGAAAUUGUUCGUAUUGAUGGUGCUAGCCGUCUCGGCAAAUUGUAA